UCUGCCUUGUGGAGUGGCGCUGCUGCUUGGGCCGGUGGCAGACUGCAGGCUGCUGGCGUCGCGGCUGAGGAGAACGGGCGAGUGGGUUCGACCUUUCCCGUUGUGGUGUCCGCAACGAUGAGUGCUGCCAGGGAGUCCCAUCCGCACGGGGUGAAGCGUUCAGCCUCCCCAGACGACGAUCUUGGAUCUAGCAAUUGGGAGGCAGCAGACUUAGGUAAUGAAGAAAGAAAACAGAAGUUCUUGAGACUUAUGGGAGCAGGAAAGAAAGAACAUACUGGUCGUCUUGUUAUAGGAGAUCACAAAUCCACAUCUCACUUCCGCACAGGGGAAGAAGACAAGAAAAUUAAUGAAGAACUGGAGUCUCAAUAUCAACAAAGUAUGGACAGUAAAUUAUCAGGAAGAUAUCGACGACACUGUGGACUUGGCUUCAGUGAGGUAGAUGAUCAUGAUGGAGAAGGUGAUGUGGCUGGAGAUGACGAUGAUGAUGAUUCACCUGAUCCUGAAAGUCCAGAUGACUCUGAAAGUGAUUCAGAGUCAGAGAAGGAAGAAUCUACUGAAGAGCUCCAAGCUGCUGAGCACCCUGAUGAAGUGGAGGAGUCCAAAAACAAAAAAGAUGCAAAAAGCAACUAUAAGAUGAUGUUUGUUAAAUCUAGUGGCUCAUAACUCCCAAACACUUAGUCUUUGUAUUAAAAGUAAGCCUUAUUGUUAUAAUGCACAGUGGAGGACUGCUUAUAGAGCACAGACCUUUGUAUUAUAAUUUUUAAAAAGGCCCUUUUAAAUAAUUACAAAGAGUGUUUGCUUUCAGAUGCCAUGGGUUACACUUUUAUGGGCGUGAUUAUAACCAUUUUUGUAAAGAGUAAGAGUUGUAUAAAAUAAGAAAUAAAUACAAUACUCAACUUCUUUUCAUGUUAGCAUCAUCAACAAUCUCUAAUAUCACCUUUUUACCCCUUCAGAUACAGUUAUGGGGGAAACAGUAUUUUUUUGUGUGGUAGCUGUUUAUCUUUUUUUGUUUCUUCAUGUUUUUCUUUUGUAAAUUUUUAUCUGGUACUGUGAUGUGUUCAUGGGAAAUAUUCUUUUAUUAUACUUUCUCAUAGUAGAACUAUUCAUCAUGGAUAUUUCUGCUGCCAAUAACAAUCUAAAUUAAUGCUGGCAAAAUAUUUGGAACUUAGUUUACUCUUACUGAUUCAGCUCUACUCUUUUGGACCAAAGCAACAUGAGAGCAAAUACUUUUCACACCUGUUAGGCUGGGGUUGCAGUUGUCAUAUAUUUGGAAUGUUAUGAUCCCAAGUAGUCUUUAUAUAAUUUGAAUGAUAUUGUAUGUUAGAUUUUUCUUUUAAUAUAAAAUUGGCCAAUUUUUACAGAAGAAAAUUUUUCUCUGAUCAUUUGGUCCUAUCUAUUUAGGAAUAUGUAAAAUGGAACUUUUUUUUUUUUUUAAAGGUAAUAUGUGACCAAAGUUAAUUUCCUUCCUAAUGCUUAAAUAAAGAGAAAGCAGCUUCCCAUAUUUGGUUGUAAUACCUUUAUCCUCAUUAUCUAAAAAUGAGGAACAGGCUUAUUGAACAAGAAUCUGAAACCAAAUUCUCUUCACUUUAUCCCAGUGCUGUUAUCCUGAUUAUCUUACAAAAAGGAGUAUUGCUUUGAUUUUAUCACUACUUCUGUUGGAGUAAGAUUAGUAUCUGACUACUAUUAUGUGGUUAAUUUGUACAGCAGGUUAACACAAACUGCAUUAUGGGCUAGUCAAUGAUGUUUGAGUAAUUGGGUUCAAAAUCUUAAUGUUUCUAAGUGAUGUGUUCAAAGGCUUGAGUUAAAACUCUUUGUUUGCUGAACUGUUAUACGUCUAGAUGCUUAAGUAUGUUAAUGUGUUGGAUUUUUUUUUUUUUUUAGUCCCUGUGUCAUUUUGAAGUAUAGAAUGUGUUCGAGGAGUGUAGCAACUAGAACAGGUGAUUUUUGGAUUAUGCAGUCCAUCCUGAAAUUUUUUUUAGAUUUCACACCCCCAACAUUUUUUUUUCUUAUUUCUCACAUUGUUUUAUAAUAGGUGUUACCCUAUAUAGUAAAAUACUGAGUCAGUGGGUAGUAAACAGA